UAGAAAGCGUUGGAGACAGUCAUUGGUCUCAGAGGAGCCCCGGAAGCAGGGGAGAAGCGUUUCCUAGACUUCAAAUUGCUGACUGCUCCCGGCUACCCCAACCUGCGGCAUGGCGCCACUCCCCGUCCUCUUUGGUAUGCUGUUUGGCAUCUGGGCCGCAACAGCCAGCUCCAAAGGGAUGACCUCCGGCACCCAGUUCAUCUCCACCUCUGAGAUGAUCACCCAUUCCGAAGUCAGAGCAGACAUUCCUGAGACUGCCUCCCUUCCCACCAUGGCCCCCAAGGAGACCCCUGAGAAUGGGACCACCUCUCUUUCCACCACGGCCCCCACGGAGACUUCUGAAAACAGGACCACCUCUCUUACCACCACGGCCCCCACGGGGACCCCGGAGACCGGGACCACCACUCUUUCCACGAUGGCCCCCACCACCGAGACCCCUGGGACCAGCAUCACGACUCUUUCCACCGUGGCCCCCACGGAGACUCCCAAGACCGUGACUACGACUCUUUCCGCCUCUACCCCUGGCACCCGGCCUGCCACCAGCCCGGUGGAAACGCAGACUGUCACUUCCCUGCAACCCGGAGCCACCUCAGUCCCCAAGUCGCCGCAGAAUGCCGGGCAGGUGGUAGUGGUUUGCCUUUUUUCAUCCGUCCUGCUCGUCGCGUUGGUGCUAGUCUCUGUGAAAUAUUGCCACAGGAGGGAGCCCGUGUUCAGAAAGCUGGAGGAGGUGCCGAUGGAAAACCUGACCGAGGAGUCACCCUUCGCUCGCUAUCCCCCUAACUAAUCCGGACUAGGCUCCAGCAGCGGAGGGCCUAGGAUCAGCAGGCUCCAGCGCCCACCUCUUCCUCCUCCACCUCCUCGUCCCCCUCCUCCUCCUCCUCCUCUUCUUCCUCCUCGCGGAUCUGUGAAAGCUUCGUAGAGCAACAGAACAGAGUGGGGCCCUAUCGAGCCAGGAGCUGGGGGAGGGGGAGAAGAACAGACACAAGCACGGAUAUGUGUGU